AUGUUUCCCAGUGCUUUUGGAAAUACAGGUCCUUCUGGUGGUUUUGGAACUUCACUUCCUGGAGGUGGAUUUGGAGGUAAUCAACCUAUUCAACCUGCAGUUCCAUUCGGAAACACAUCAACAGCCGGAUUUGGAGGUGGUUUUGGUACAGUAAAUACAAAUACUAAUGCAGCACCCACGUUUGGGUUUUCGGUAAAUCAAACAAGUACACCUUUUGGAUUUGGUGGAAAUUUUAGCCAACCUCAAACAAGUGCACCUUUUGGAUUCGGUGGAAAUUUUAGUCAACCUUCCGUCUCAAAUGUAGGAAAUUUUGGUUUUGGUCGCGGAGCACAACAAACUCAACCUUCUGGCUUUGGACUUUUUCAACCAACCACGUCAAAACCUUCGGGAUUUGGCUUUGGUGGUGGUGUACAACCCGUUCAGCCUAAUAUCUUUGGGGCACAAACUACAACUACGAAUCCUUUUGGCUCGACACAAUCAGUGCCAAAUGCACCUGUUUUUGGUUUGGAUAUAUUUCGUACGCAAAGAUCUUUUGGAUUUACAAGUUCGCAACCACAAACACAAACACAAAUCGGAACGAUUUCACAAACUGGAACGAUUUCACAACAACAAUCAUCAACUCCACAACAAAUGACAACUUAUGAAGAGUUAUCACGACUAAUAAAUGCCUGGAACACUGAGAGCCCAGAAUGUCAAUUUCAGAGUUACUUUUAUAAUAUGGUUCAUCCGGAUGUAGUGCAAUUGUAUACUCCACCACCCAAUAUGCCACAGAGUCUUUGGAAUGAGGCACAAUUAAAUAAUCCAGAUAGGACGAUUUUAGUUCCUGCCCGGGUGGCUGGAUUCGAUGAUAUUAAAAAAAGGCUUGAAAUGCAAGAAGUAAUCACAGCCAAAGCUAUUGCAAAAUUUAAGGAAUACAGUGAACAACUUGAAGAGAUGGAACGUAAACAUAAUUUGGAAACUUUAGUGAGAAUAGAAGAUCGCAAAAGAAAACAUAUUGAGUUGACGCAACGAGUUAUAAAGUUAAUGAGACAGAUCCAAGUGUUAAGACUCAAAGGAACAUUAAUACGUUCAGAUGAAGAAGAUUUAAAAGGACGAUUAGAAGAAAUUAAACAACACUUAGAAAGACCAAAUCUUAAACUUGCAAUGCUUAAAACGCAAUACGGAGUAACCAAAACACAGUGGAGUUCCAGAGAGUCGUUAAUUACUCACAAAUUCAAUGCAGUAGACGGGAAUCAAUUAGAGAAUAUUAUAAAAGUACUUGAUGUUGAACAAACUGGAAUAGUUCACGAUAUUGAGACAUUGAAAAAAGAUUCUAAAGACAUUGAUAUAAUUAUUCGUAGUUUCAAGGAUACAAAAUAA